AUGGCCGGCUUCCGUCUAAUCGAGCUGGCAAAGCCGUUCUUGCCUCUUCUUCCCGAAGUUGAAGUGCCCUACGAAAAAAUAGGGUUUGACGAUAAGGUUGUGUACACCAUCAUUGCGGCGUUGAUCUACCUGUUUGGUCAGUUCCCCCUUGCUGGGGUCUCCAAAGAGGCGUCGGGUGUACUAGACCCCCUAUAUUUCCUGCGUAGUGUGUUCGCGGCGGAACCUAAAACGCUGCUGGAAUUCGGGGUUUUCCCCGUGGUCUCGUCCGCACUCAUCAUGCAGGUGCUGGCCGGGCUUAAGCUGAUUAAGGUCAACUUUAAAAUUCGUCAAGACCGUGAGCUCUUCCAGACUUGCACCAAGUUGUUCGCCCUUUUGCAGUACCUAGUGCUCGCCAAUGUGUUUAUCUUUUCAGGCUACUACGGCACCGAUCUGUCGGUGGUUCAAAUUACAGCGUUGAACGUGCAACUCGUUGUGGCUGGCUUUUUCGUCACCCUCCUCGUCGAGGUUAUUGACAAGGGCUACGGUUUCGCAUCGGGCGCCAUGGCUAUCACCACGGUGACUAUCUCGACAAACUUUGUUGCCGACGUCUUUGGCGUCGGCCAGUUCCCUGUCGACAAUGAGGGUCACACUGAGCCUCAGGGCGCUUUCAUUAACCUGAUACAGUCCUUGCGUGCUUCGCACAAGACAUGGACUGGUGCCAUUGUUGGUGCCUUCAACCGCGACUACCUGCCAAACUUGACCACUGCUUUCUUGGUUUUGGCUUUGGCGGCAAGUAUUUGCUUCCUCACCAAUUUCCGUUUGGAGUUGCCCAUCAGAUCUACCAGAACUAGAGGCGUCAACAACGUGUAUCCUAUUCGCCUCUUCUAUGUUGGUAGCUUGUCCGUUCUUUUCGCCUACGUCAUUUUGUUUUACAUCCAUGUCGGUGCCUUUGUUUUGGUUCAGCUCAUUGCCCACAACAAUCCAUCUUCCAUCAUUUACAAGGUCGUCGGAGGCUACGCUUCUCACAACAACUUACUCUACGUUCCACAAUUCCCAUUGUCCUUGCUGACUCCUCCUAAAUCAUUUGUGGAGUGCAUCACAAGACAGCCUUUAACUCCACUGUUUUUCACCACGUUUUUGGUGAUUACUGGCAUUUGGUUCGCUGGUCUGUGGCAACAAAUCAGCGGGUCCUCUGCUCGUGACAUCAGUGAGCAGUUCAAGGAGCAAGGAAUCACCUUGACCGGUCGCAGAGAGCAGGGCGUCACCAAGGAACUUGACAAGAUCGUUCCUGUCGCUGCUACCACUGGCGCUAUCGUCUUGGGCCUUUUGGUUGCCUGCGGAGAGCUUUUGGGCUUGAAAGGCAAAGGUGCAAGCAUCAUUGUAGGUGUCAGUGGUGGAUUCGCCCUGCUGGAACUCAUUACUGCCGAGUACCAGCAAAGUGGUGGACAAAGUGCCUUGGCCCAGGUUUUGGGCGCUCCUAGUGGCGGCAUAUAA